AUGGUGAGACAAUUAGAAGGCUCUAGUAGAAUCUUUGAGGAUUCCUACACAUUGGGACAGCCCUGGUUCCUAGAAACAACAGCAAUAGAGGAGACAAUAGUGGAUCGAUAUAGUAACAUGCUUGCUCUCAUCACAAGCAUGGACCUCUCUCGCAACAAUUUAGCUGGAGAAAUCCCCCAGGAACUCACCAGUCUCUACAGCCUGCAAUUCUUGAACUUGUCCAACAACCAACUCGUCAGAAAGAUUCCUAAGACAAUCAGAGCCAUGAAAUUUUUAGAGUCACUUGAUAUCUCAAUGAAUCAACUCACUAGUGUAAUAACUGAAAGCAUGAGGAGUUUCAAUUCAUUGAGUUUUUUGAAUGUAUCAUACAACAACUUAUCAGGAAGAAUUCCAAGGAGUAGUCGUUUCCAAAAUCUCAUUGCAUUGAGUUUCAUUGGCAACCAUGAUCUCUGUGGACCUCCACUUACAGCCCAGCUGCAGUGGAGAUGA